AUGACGUCGCCCAAAGCCAUCAAGUCAUCAACAGUCAAGAUGGCUAGCAACCAAUUCAACGAAGGCCAACUCGUCUUCUUGAAAGGCGACUAUGAGCUUGACCAAGCCGACCUCGACAAGCUGGUCACAAACGGCCCCAUGUCGGAAGGUACCCUAGACCACCCGGCCCUCAUUCUUGGCGUGUCUGCAGACGGCAGCCAAUACCACAUCACUACCAUCUCAGCGUACAGCUGGGGCCCUCUUAACAACUACCAGCCGCCCUGGAAGCAGUCCUGUCACAGCCAAAAGGAGGAACAGGAUUUCCGGGCCCUCGUCGGGUCCGAGAAGCCCAAUAACAAAUACGACCACCUGCACCUAGAGGGCGGCCGUAAGUGCCCCAAGUCUAAGGCGUCGUGGAUCUACAUCCAGCGAACCUAUCUUGUACCCUCGACGGCCCUCAAGAUAUGGUGGACAACCCGGAACGCUCCGCUGGAUAUGACACAACAAAGUCUCGCGGACCUAACCCAGCAUAUGGAGGCUCGCAACAAGAACUACUGCCAGCAGCGUGACAAGCUGCGUGGCCAGAGCUACCACCAACCCCAACAUCAACCAAGGCCCACCAGAGGCUUCCAAUGCCAGGGACCCGCAAACAACCAUCGAGCCACGACUUCAAACCGGCGUUCCACAUCCCCCGGAACCUCGUCGGAUGACUCAUCCAGUAACUUUCCGCCGAGCCCUCCCACAGCAAGCUCAGCCAGAUACACUCCGCCACAUGCUCGCACAGCAAGCUCCGCCACAGGGAGCCUAGCUCAGCCAGCAUUGCCUCCCAUGACACAUAGCAACCCAGCGGCAACUACCACCACGACCAAGGAGUCCACCACCACGGCCGCAUCAACCACCACGAAGGCAGCACCAACCACACCCGUGGCAUCCACUGGGAAGCCACUCUGGAGCGCCAUCGCUGCCAAAAAGCCCGACUCCCCACCAGUGCAGCCAAAGCCAGUCGUAGCAGUGCCCAACCAACGAGCACAACGGCCCACCCUCAGGACCCGAGUAAGUUCCAUCCCAAGCAAGCCCCUGUACUGGUUUCAACACAAUGAGCAUCACGGCUCAUACCACAAUCAUGAAGGGCCAACCCCGUCGAUGAAGACUUCGACCAUCCAAGUCUCUUAG